GCAAGAUCUUUCUCUUUCUGUUGGAUCCCACUCUUUCUCUCUGCCCUGCGGUCUCCUGACAGCAUUCUGUUGAUUCAUGUUUCCUGCGGCAUGAUAGCUCUCCCUCUCUGCAAUUGCAAUGACAUGCUGGAUUACAUAACUGGACACAGUAACAGGACAUUGCCUGGGGGCUCCAUCUGAGCCGAGUGGACUAGACAUAGUGUCUUAUUGCACUUUAAGUAAAGAUUAAAUAAUGCGAUCGAUCAUCAGGAAACUUUAAUUAGCUUCACUGUUUGUGUUGUGUUUGAGCGCUCCAUAUGUCUGGUUAUUGCACAGAUGAUACACUGAAAAUAUUUGAAGAUAAUAUUUGGAAAUGAAUCCCUCCAAUUAAGUGGAAUGACUGUCUAAAUUUGAUGGAGUUUAACUGGAAUGAUUGGAAUUGCAUUAAUGUAAUUUUCCCACAGCACUAUCCCACAGUUCCCUGCUGUUUGACCAACUUCCAGGGAAGCAGCCUGCUGCUGACCCUGUGUUUUGCUGUUGUCUCGUAGUGUUUUUGUGUUUUAUUCGAUUUAUUUGUUGUUUAGGAAUGAAUGUAUUAAUUAUUUGAUGUGUUAUGUGUAUUGUAUUGAUAUGUGAAUUGUAGUGUUAUUGUUGUAUGUAAGCUAGACCUAAGACCAAUUUUCAGCCAAGGCUGAACAAUAAAAUAACUAACUAACUAACUAACUAACUAACUACCUAACUAGGCACAGCCAUUUACUGAUCUACUGGACAGUGCAAAACCCUGACAGAUUAUUUUAUCCCUGCUUAGUAAGUGCAGUGGAAAUGCAUUUAAGAUUUCAAUUGGAUGUUUCUGAUGAUCUGGUUGAACAAAAUUCCAGCCCCUUUUAAAGUAAGUUCUAGGUGCCUCUACAUAGAAGCGAUAUUUAUCAUAUAUCAGAUAUAAGCCCAGAUCAUCAACCGCAAAACGGUUACAAAGAUCACAAAUAUGCAAACAGGUCUUUAAUUUCCCUUUUACAGAAGUUACAGCAUGUACUGUCCAAUAUACAAAAAUAAAAAAUAAAAAAUGAAACAAAAAGAAGGUCCAUCUUCAGUUGUGCCUGUUGUGUUGGUGCAAGUUUGGGGCAGUGGUGUCAGUCAGAUGUGAGGGUGUGUUAUCUGAAAACCAGCCGCCGUUGGAGAAAUCAGACAGUCAAUCCCUCCAGAUUAAUGACAGUUCAUGUUUUCUGCUGAUGGAUUAAAAAUGGAAUUCACUCACAAUGUAUUUUUAAAUCUCUUUUUAAACAAAUAAAUAAUUAAAUUCAUAAAUAUGCAAAAGUAUAUCUAUUAGGUAGAAGAAUAAGCCUUUAUACGUGGAUAAAAUAGAGUUUAUUCUCUCAUGAAUCAGAGGCAUUGCAAUUCAUAAUCCUGCAAUCUGAAGUCACUCCACCCAGAUGUAAUGACAUCAUGUUUUAUAUAACCAUCACACCUAGCAAUUGUUUUAUGACUUUACAUGUCAUUCAGUUCACAAGCAAGCAAAAGUAGGGCAAUGUCCUGAGCUAAACCAAGAUUAACAUUAAUUUUGAUGAUUUUGUCACGUUAAAAUAGUUUAACAAUAAAGGGAAUACACUGUAAAUGAUCUUGCAGAAAUGAAACAUCCCACACGUAUUUGGAUUCAAUCACUUAAAAGUAGCAGCUUUAUCCACCUAGAAGCCUUUUCCUUUAGAAGCAGGUGCACAGUGAACUGAACGCUUUCUUUUGUGGCACACUACAACUCGAAAUGCUGUCAAACCGAUCGUUAUUGUGCAUUAUUCAUCAUAAGCUUUCACUCACAAUAAAGUGCUUGCAACUAAAAAGCUGGCAUUCAUCUCAAAUCCUCUCCUUUUCCCAACCCACCCAAAUCCGUCAGUAGGAAUUGUUUCUCUCUGAGGCAAUCCAUGCCUUCAGGAAGAUAACACUGAACGGCCAAUCACAACAGAGCUUGUGGGAGGAGCAAAAGCUGUGCACACAGCUUCAGCCAAUGGCGUAGCCAAGUAGACGUGGUUUGGCUUUAGCCAGCCGCCCCUUUGUGACAUCACAGCUGUUACUCAGGCAGUGAGAGAGUGCACUAGGCGUGGGGACGAAGAGCGGUUGGUUUAUCUGGAGAGGGGGGCUGUCUGUUGUGCAACUAAGCCACCAGGCCCUGAAGAAAUCUCAGAAAACAACAAUGGCACCUGCCUGAGAAGCGUCCACUCUGCUUUUGAGUGUUUAGGUGUGUCCUGGCCCCAGGCCCCCUCUGUGGAUGUCUGUCACCAUGGCGAAGUUUGAGACCGGCCGCACAAGUCCAGUGGUCCGCCAGAUAGACAAGCAGUUCCUGGUGUGCAGUAUCUGUCUGGACCACUACCACAUCCCCAAAGUCCUGCCCUGCCUGCACACCUUCUGCGAAAGGUGCCUACAGAACUACAUUCCUCCUCAGUCCUUGACACUGUCCUGCCCGGUGUGCAGACAGACCUCUAUCUUGCCUGAGAAAGGGGUGGGGGCACUUCAGAACAACUUCUUCAUCACAAACCUCAUGGAGGUGCUGCAGAGAGACCCAGAAUGUUCUCGGCCAGAGGCCUGCAGCGUGCUGGAGUCUGUUAGUGCAGCAGCCGCUGGGAAACCGCUCUCCUGCCCCAAUCACGAGGGCAAGGUGAUGGAGUUUUACUGCGAGUCGUGUGAGACGGCCAUGUGCCUGGACUGCACGGAGGGGGAACACAGGGAGCAUGUGACCGUUCCACUGCGGGAUGUUCUAGAACAGCACAAAGCAGCACUAAAGAACCAGCUGGAUGCCAUACACAACAGGCUGCCCCAACUAACAGCUGCCAUUGAGCUGGUGAAUGAAAUCUCUCAGCAGCUGAUAGAGAGGAAGAACGAAGCCGUCAAUGAGAUCAACAUGACGUUUGAGGAGCUUGAGAGGGUGUUGCACCAACGCAAAGCUGCGCUCAUCAGCGAUCUGGAGAACAUUUGUAGCACCAAGCAGAAGGUGCUUCAGGCGCAGCUAUCAUCCCUACUGCAGGGAAAAGAGCACAUCCAGAGCAGCUGCAGCUUCACUGAGCAGGCCCUGAACCACGGCAGCGCCACCGAAGUCCUGCUGGUCCAAAAGCAGAUGAGUGAGCGUGUGGGCGCCCUCGCCUGUCACGACUUCCCUGAGCGGCCACACGAGAACGCCCACUUGGACUGCCAGAUAGAGACAGAAGGCCUGCGACGCUCCAUCCAGAACCUGGGCGUCCUGCUGACGACGGGAGCCGUGGGACACACCAGCGUGGCCACAGGAGAAGGCCUCAGACUUGCGCUGGUCGGUCAGCAUGUGACUGUAACUGUUACCACUAAGGAUAAGGACAGCGAGCUUGUGCGGACCGGUAACGCGGUCAUCCGAGCCGAGAUAAGGGGGCAGGACGGAGUGCAGGCGACGGAGGUGGAGGUCGUGGACAAUAAAAAUGGAACUUAUGAGGUAGGGUACAUGCUUAAGAGCGAAGGGGAGUACUCGUUCUCUCUGAUGCUGUACGGACAGCCUGUGCGGGGUAGCCCGUUCAGAUUGCGGGCAAUAAAGCCAUCGGAUGUGCCCCAGUCUCCUGAUGAUGUGAAGAGGAGGGUAAAGUCUCCCAGCGGAACAGGAGGACACAUCAGGCAGAAAGCCGUACGGAGACCCUCCAGCAUGUACAGCACUACCAAAAAGAAGGAAAACCCCAUUGAAGAUGAGCUCAUUUAUAGAGUAGGCUCUCGUGGACGUGAGAAGGGAGAGUUCACCAAUCUACAGGGCAUCUCUGCUUCCAAUAAUGGGAGGGUCAUUGUAGCAGACAGCAACAACCAGUGUAUACAGGUGUUUACCAAUGAUGGGCAGUUCAAAGCACGCUUCGGGGUCAGGGGCCGUUCUCCAGGACAGCUGCAGAGGCCGACAGGAGUGGCAGUCGACACAAAUGGAGACAUCAUUGUAGCUGAUUAUGAUAACAGAUGGAUCAGCAUCUUCUCCCCUGAUGGGAAAUUCAAGAAUAAGAUUGGUGCAGGCCGUCUGAUGGGCCCCAAAGGAGUGGCUGUGGACAGGAACGGUCAUAUCAUCGCAGUGGAUAAUAAAGCCUGCUGUGUGUUCAUCUUUCAAUCUAAUGGCAAACUAGUGACCAAGUUUGGAGCCAGAGGCACUUCAGACAGACAGUUCGCAGACAAAAGUGGUGCAAAGUUUGCACUGGAGCAAAAGUUUAGUAAAUCUGGCCCUGGGUUCAGUCCGCAUUUUGUUGCUGUUAACAACAAGAAUGAAAUUGUCGUGACAGACUUUCAUAACCACUCCGUCAAGGUCUACAGUGCAGAUGGGGAGUUUUUGUUUAAAUUCGGGUCCCACGGAGAGGGAAAUGGCCAGUUUAAUGCCCCCACAGGGGUAGCUGUUGACAUUAACGGCAACAUCAUUGUAGCAGACUGGGGCAACAGCAGAAUACAAGUGUUUGACAGCUCAGGCUCAUUCCUCUCCUACAUCAACACAAGUGCUGACCCUCUGUAUGGGCCGCAGGGCCUCGCUUUAACCUCCGACGGUCAUGUUGCUGUGGCCGAUUCUGGUAACCACUGCUUCAAAGUCUACCGAUACCUGCAGUAACAGCUCCUCACAGUCUGCAGUCAUAUCAGCGAGAUCCUCUGCCAAACCAGAGAGGAAGAAUCGAAUGAGCAGAUUGCACUUUGAUUUACUCUUCUGAUUUUCAUGCUCCAAAACUCAGAACAGCUUCUCUAAUAAACCGGCAAUGUUGAUUGUAAAUAACCGAAUCCAUAUCAAUAAGCACAGAUUCUUAUUAGAAAUCAUGUAAGUAGUGUAUAAAUAAAAUGAUAUAUAGCGAAACCUUUUGUUAAUCGCCAUCUUCCACCCUUGCAGAAACAUUAGUUAUUUCCGAAUUUCCUCUCUCCUGUUUAAUAGUGGUUGACCUUUCCAUGACUGCAACAGUUGUGUAUUUUAAUUGUUACACUCUGCAUCUGUAAAUAUCCAAGUUUGUGUACAUAUUAACAUAUUUGGUGUAUGUAACAUGUAAAUGACACUGGCGGCUUGUAUUGUUCUAUGACAGUAGAGCUAUUCGGUGAGCACUUUCAGUUCAAAUCAUUCAGAUCGAUUAUCUGAGCUGAUCAUCCCUCAGCACAGGAAGUGAUGCGCAUCCCUGCUGUGCGCUUAAAAAAAUGUUUUACAACUAAACAACAGGAGCCAAAAAUGACAUAUUUUUUCCAUUCCAAAUUAUUUAUUUUUCUAAAGCACAAGACUACUUUACAUGUAAAAAAAAAAAAAAUCCAGCUGAACUAAAAAAAAAUAUAAAUAUAAUCAAACCCAAGUAUUUCACAUAUAUAUUACCUCUGAUUUUUAAUGUUCUCUAAAAUUGAUCAGCUGUGUGGAAUUCUAUCUCUUCUCUGUAAAUAAUCAUACGUUGUGUUCACAGUGUUGCAACCAAAUGUUGUCUUUAGUCAGUAUUAUAGUAUUAUUUAUUUAAUGUUUUGUACACAUUUUCCUGAGCAAUUCAUUUUGAGGUUGUCCUUCAUCACCAGCGAAUGACUUCAAAAAUCACCUCCCUUUAAUUUUGUGGAGUUUUGUCUCUUUGAACGUUAAGUGACGCCACGUCUCCUUAAUGUGAUACUGACUGUACAAGGUUAAUGAACAGUGGCACACAGAUGAAACGGUGAACGUAUAUAUUAAUAUCUGUGCAAAGAAUUCUUUUGCAUGUUACUGAUUUUACUAGCAUUGGCAUUUGGUUUCUGCAUCAGCGAGAUACCUGUAAUGAUUUGCUAUUGCCAGGCUCGAAAUUGAUAAAUAAUAUAAUAACCAAAAACAAAUAUUCUAUUCUGUAUUUUGAUUCAUAAUAUAUGCUAAUUGCAAGUUGACAAUUAUUUGCUUCCGUUGCGAUUAAGGCCGUUCACAAUAAUAACUGUAAUUGAAACUAUAACAAUAAAAUUGCUCUCGCUAACAAAGUCGCUGUCAGUUUUAGUUUUCGCGAGCAAAAUUCAGUGUUAUUUUUAAUUUAGAAUCCACAAGAUUAAGAAUUUUUCAUUAAAGCAAAAUAAUUCCAAACAGAUUUCAUGAUUUCAAGUUGGUCACAUGAAUUCGACGCAUUGAUCCACUGUGCUUUGCGGAUUGCGAAACUAUUGAUGAUAGACAAUUGUCUUUUUCCUUGCAAAAUUUCGCUAAUGUCACUGCACAACAAUAGUUUUGGAAUUUUCCUCUUUCAUCCAAUCAUUUUAGAAAAAUAAUGUUAUUGUUCAUCUGUGCAAGCGCUAAUAUAGUUUUUGUUCUUAUUGUGAACGGACCUUAACUCGAUCCAAUGCAUGCUCUAGUGCUUGGACAGAUGAUUUAAUAAAUGUGCUUCAUCAGUUUAAAAAAAACAACAAAGAUCUUGUAUAACAUGAAGAAUCAACCGUAUGUUCAUUUUACUGGUCAAUUAUUUGCAGUUUGAAAUAAAACUGUAAAAUACAA